AUGAUCACCUUCAGUAGUUAUCCGGUAGUUUACCCAACACUGACUGUUCUACUUACCAAUCUAACUCACAGGAGUCCUCAAGAAAAUACAGUAAUGGAACUUAUCCAAGGGUCUGACAGAUCGAAAUGGACGGUGCAUAGUAAUCAUAGCAUAACAUGCUUCACAAAAGGUGAGAUAGAAAUAAUAACUGACAACUACAACACUAUUCUCGGAAGAGGUGCAUUUGGAGAAGUUUAUAAAGGAGUUCUUGAGGACCAAAGUAAGGUUGCAGUGAAAAGGUUUAUCUGUAAUGUGAAACAAAACUUCGCCAAAGAGUUGGCCGUCCAUCGUGAAAUCAACCACAGAAACGUAGUGAGGCUCAUUGGUUACUGUGUAGAGGAAAAUGCCGUUAUGAUGGUUACGGAGUAUAUCGCUAAUGGAAACCUGAGUGAGGCUCUUCACCAUGACAAUAGUCCCAUCCCUUUGGAUGUAAGACUUAGGAUUUCCAUUGAAUGUGCAGAGGCGUUGGCAUACAUGCAUUCUCACAUGUAUACUCAUGUCAUCCAUGGUGACAUCAAACCUGCUAACAUACUAUUAGAUGGCAAGUUUCAUGCAAAAUUGACGGACUUUGGAAUAUCAAGACUAGUCAACACAGAUAAGACACUCUAUACGGAGAAUGUGGUAGGGAGCAUUGGUUACAUGGACCCUUUGUUUGCUCGGGAUGGGCUUCUCACUUCGAAGAGUGAUGUUUACAGCUUUGGAGUUGUCCUCCUUGAACUGAUUGCCAGGAAAAGGGCAAUAACAGUAGUCGACAACGUCAACAUUGUGUCUGCAUUUACCAAUGCUCUUGCAAGGGGGACCAGAGGUGCGGGAGAGAUGUUUGAUGCUGAAAUUGCAAACAAGAAUACUAUGAAGAUUGUUCAAGGAGUUGCAAAGAUAGCAGGUGAAUGCCUAAUAAUGGAAAGGGAAAAACGUCCGGAGAUGAUUGAUGUUGUGGAACGUCUUCGGGUACUAAGGAAAGCUUUACAUCAGCAUCAGGGACAACACCGAGUAGAUCUGUUCUCUUGGGUAAGGAAGAGCAAGCCAGUGCCUCCAGCAGCAGUUACCGUCCGUACCAAAUUUUUGCCAUCAGGCCUGUGCCGCCAGUUCUCGCUUGCAGAGAUGAAGGCUGCGACAAACAACUUUAAUUGGUCACUCCUUGUUGGUCAGGGUGCAUUUGGCCCUGUUUUCCGUGGCAAGAUUGAUGGAAGAAAAACCGAGGUGGCUAUCAAGCGCCGUGAUCCGAACUCUAUGCACGGUGAGGAUGAGUUUCAUACCGAGAUAGAGAUGUCCUCAAAGAUCCUUCACCACAAUGUUAUGCCACUUGUCGGUUACUGCUAUGAGAUGGGUGAGAUGAUCCUCGUCUACAGCUAUAUGGCCCAUGGAUGUUUGCGUGACCACCUGUACCGAACAAAGAAGCCACCUCUUACCUGGAACCGGCGUCUGGAGAUCUGCAUUGGUGCAGCUCGGGGCCUGCACUGCCUUCACGCAUCACAGGUUAUCUACCGUAACCUGAAGACGACAGACAUUCUGCUGGAUAAGGAGUGGGUUGCCAAGGUUACAGAUCUGGCUCUGUGCAAGACUGGUCCAUCAACGAACGAGAUGACAAGGGUCAUGGGCAGUGGUGGUAUCCUAGACCCCGAGUAUGUCGCCACUGGUCGGCUAACUGAGAAAUCAGAUGUCUAUUCUUUUGGCGGUGUGUUGUUGGAGGUCCUAUGUGCCCGGUCUGUUUUAGACCUCACUCUCCCGAAGGAACAGGUUGUAUUGGUAGAUUGGGCAUUGCAAUGCAAGACGGAGGGCAAGCUCAGUGAGAUUGUUGACCCGUACCUGAAGGGAUCCAUUGAUCAAAGGUCUCUCGAAACGUUUGUUGGAAUUGCUGAGAGGUGCCUUGCUUCUGAGGGUAUUCACCGUCCAGCGAUGGGAGAUGUGCUUUUAGACCUGGAGUUGGCCCUCCGAGCACAGGGGACUUUCCAAGGAAGAAAAUCUCCAGUUCUGUAGUCACCGUAGUAGUAACAGUUUCCAGUUGGCUGGUAACAUGUCGCUGCUAUUCACCGAAUGAAUAGAGCAAUGGAGCGCCUGAAGGAUUGGAGUUUUCCAUGGUGCUUGGAAAGACAAUAAGAGGUACCAUAAUUAUAUAUUACUUAAUUUUUGUAGGGAGGUUGGUACCUCUUACAGUUAGUAAUACCUUUUUGAGAAAAAAAAUAUAUCAGUGGUACCUUUUAGCGCCUCUCCAAAAUGGUAAAAGGCCAGAAGAAUUACGAAUGAAAGACUUAAAUUCUCCAUGUCAAUUUGUUACUUCGAUUAUACGAAUGCAUAGAUUUUGCACCCUUGUUUGCGAGCUUGUCUCUGAAUAUUGUGAUAUUGUCAAUGAUGAAUGGUACGUGAGGUA